AUCAAAUUAAGUGAUAUUUUUAAAAUUUAAAAAUUGUUCGAAUAUUGAUUGUUGAUAUGUCAAAAGAUUACUCAUUUAUCGACAUAAAAACAAUCAUAAACAUGCCGCCAUUUACAGUUAGUUUGUGUGUUUUUGCCAAGUACGGAUGAAUUUUUAGCUUCGUCAAAGAAAAUUUUUUAAAUGUAUUUAUUAAAUGACAGUGAUGCUACAUAUUGCUCAAAAGUGGAAGAAUUACUUAAAGCUCCGACAGCAUUACGAAGGUCACAACGUCUGUCACAGAAACCUAAGCGGAGGAAUGACUGUUUUCCUUGGAAUAAUGUACGCAUACUUAAAAAUGGUUUAUGUUUUAAAGCAAAAGAAAGAAAAAACUCCGGGAAUUUUGCAAAAAACCGUGCAAGCAAAAGUAAAAAAUGUACCCACGAUAUUUUUAAUACACAAGUGCUGGGGGAAGAACAGGUGGCUAAUAAUAACGUACCUUUAGAUUUACCAAAUAAAUCUAAAGUGGUAAAGAAACAAACGUUUAAUGGAGAACUUGAUAUUUUUAAUGUGACACCUGAAGUGAACAGUGAUAAAAAUAAAAAUGUUGCGGAAAAGGCUAAUGAAACUGCUGAAGACAACAGCAUUAAGCAGAAAAGAAAGAGGGGAAGACCUAAAAAGGUACACGAUGCUAAUAUAAAAAUAUUGCCUUUAGAUACGACAAAAUCUGCAAAGUUAAACAAGGCAGUAGUAGAACCUUCCAAAUCUAACAAAAUUUUGUUAGACCCUUUGCCACCAUCUGAACACAUUAACGUUCAUUUAAAUACAAAUUUAAAUAAGAACUCUAAAACGAUUAAGGCUAUUGACAAAGAUUUGCAUUCAAAAUCUUUUAGACGAAGUUGCGGAACUUUAGUUUCAAACAAGGGAGGUGUUGAAGCCUUUUCCACAAUUAAGCCACAAAUCAAAGAAUUACCAUUAAAAUCCCUUAAAAGAAGUGGUAGUACGUUAGUUUCUAACAAAAGUAUUCAACUGCUAAGUGAAAAUUCAAAUACAGCAUGUAAAAAAAGAAUUAAACUAUUAACUCAAAAUCGUGUUACAAAAAAUAAUUCACCAACUUCAAACGAAAAUAAAGCUACGAAAAUAUUAGGAAAAAUUGCAAACAAAAGUUCAAAAGAUAUGCCAAGUAAAGCCAAAACUACAAUAUCUAAAUUGUCCAAUUCUCCUGUAAUCUUGAAUAAAUUAUCCAAUUAUUCUUUGAAACAAACGGAUUUAACAGAUCAGAAUCUAAAUACGACAAAUGUAAUGAAAUGUAACAAAAGUUCCAAAAGGACUUCACAUGUCUUUGGUAAUAAAAAUUCGGAAGAUUUACGAAGUAAAAAAGAAACUAUUAAAACAAAAUUGAAUAUCUCACAAGAUAUCUUUGAGAAGUUUUCUAAUGACACUCAAAUGCUUAAAAGAUCACAAAAAACAUUGCUAUCCGGUAAAAGGAAAACUAACUUAGUAAAAAAUGCAUCUAAUACAGAGAGUCAAACAAAUGAAAUGCAAACUUCCAUUCAACAAAUAAAAUCUGAACAGUUAACACCUUUAGACACCUUCGCGAAAACGUUUGAAGAUAACAGUUCUUUAACCAAAGGCAAAAGGCAAACAAGUUUGACUAAAAAUCAUGUUACCAGGGAAACAUCUAAAGAACAAAAUAAUUCUUCAGAAAUAAAAUCCGAAACCUUUUCCUCACGUCCCAUUGAUUCUGGCGAGAAGAGUUAUAAAAAAAGAUCACAAAUUACGAACAAAGAUAAUAACAUUUUACAGGAAUUACAAAAUGUAACGAACAAUUUCCAAACAUACGUAACCGCCCAAAAAUCUUCUAAUAAGAUAAAUAAAAUUAAUAUCUCACAAAACACAUGCAUUACCCGAAGCAGCAACAAGUUACCAAAUGAAAAAACUCAACAGCUUGAAACCAAUACACAAUCUGUAGCCGAAAAUCUAACUUUAAACAAAAACUAUUUAAAAUCAUUUGAUAAAACAAAUAUAGCAACAAAUCACAAUGUGUACGAAAAAACACUACCUGCAAACAUACUUCCCACUCCAGACGAUUCUACACAAGAAUUUAUUGCCAAAAAAUCUCUUUUACCUCUCAACUAUCCAUCACAUUUUAAAUAUCAACUUCCACCAGAAACCGUUCUAACACAUUCGUCAAAUGAACAAUUCCAGCCACUAAAUGUUAUUACACCUGAUGAUACCCCAGCGUUCGAAUUACUAGAAUCAUCCUCAAGUUCUCCUUCUUUACCGGAAUCGCUUUGUAAACUAUUUGAAAACAAAAACAUAAAAGAUAUUUUAAAUGUUGAUAAAGUUUCCUAUCGCCUCUAUGAUUAUCAUGUGCAAGCAUUAGCAUUAAUGCUUAACUUAAAUUUGGAAUAUUUGCACAAAAUUUUGAAUAAAAUAAUGAACAUUAAACCCAAUGUGUUGAAAAAUAUUGACAAAGUGUUAAAAAUACCUUUUGUAGCCGAUCAUGAUUUAUUUGCUGCUACAUCGGAGGAAUCGUGGGACAGCGGCGAGGUAGUGUUUAACAGUCAAAACUCUAAGAAACGAAGAUUUUCUGUGAUUGGAGAAAGAAUUGGAUAUUAGA